AUGGCCGGGAUGUGGAGUUUCCAGCUCUUUAUUUUGUGUCUAGCACCAGUUCUGGUACCAACUGUGAAAAUCAACGCCAAAGGGCGGGAGGUGAUCUACCUGGCCAAAGGUGAUUCAGUCAAGCUUGGCUGUCCAUACGAGUUGGAACCAGAAGACAAUGGUCCGAAUGCCCUGGACAUUGAAUGGACACAGAUGAACUCUGACCCCACAAGCCUUGAUAAUGUGUGCUGUUCUCUGGUUCCUGCCCACCAGAUCCUUAGCUACCAAGGCCAGCAAGUAAUCCGUCCCGGAUACCCCUACUUACAGCAGAGAGGAGGUUCUGCAGUUCCAGAAUCACGGCGUUUCAGUCAUCCUGGUGUACAGCAGAAUGUGUUAGUCGGACCACCAAGCGGCCACCAUCUUGGAUCCGUCGGCUCAUUCGGCAACUGCUGCUUCGAUCUGCAACAGAGAGUGAACUUUGUGAUCCCGGACCCAAGCCAGCACGACGCCUCUAUCAGUUUGCAGAAUGUGGAAGUUACUGACUCGGCAACGUACGAGUGCAAGGUGAAGAAAACCACCGUGGCCUCCCGCAAGGUUACCGUCCAAGUGCUCGAGAGACCGUCAGUCCCCCAAUGUUCAAGAGACGGCCACGUGUCCCUGGGCCGUGACGUCAUCCUGCGCUGCUCCUCCCAGGCCGGGUCAGCCCCCCUCAUCUACCAAUGGUCGAAAGUCGGUAGCUGGAUGCCCUCAUCCACCACAAAGGGUCCAAACCCCGGCGACCUGCUCAUUCGGAACCUGUCCAAGGACCAUGUCGGCUUCUACCAGUGCAGCGUGGCCAACAAAGUCGGAUCCACCCAGUGUGUUCUGGAAAUCUCUCUUGAAGAAGCUGCCAACCAAGUAGGCCUCAUUGUGGGGUCCGUCUUCGGCUCUCUUCUGUUGCUGCUCCUUCUUCUCUGUCUCAUCCUGGGGCUCGUCUGGUGUUGCAAGAAGAAGCAAAGCAAAGAGCAGUGCAAUCAGAUCAGAGUUGACGCAGCACCACCGAGAACAAAAUGUUCAAGCAAAAACAGCAGCCUGAGAUCCGUCCUGGGCUACAUACCCCACAACCUCAGCUUUUCGCAGCGCCGCAAAUACGAUGCGCCCAAAGAGCAGGAGGGUGUCGAGAUGAUCACCCCGGCCAGGGAAGCCGACACCAGCUGUGCUGUGGAUUCCAGUGAAGACCAAGAUGGCGUCUCUUCCUCUGUGGUCACCACCAAGGCCAGGGUUCACUACGCACCCAGCGUUUCUUCUCAUUCACAAGGGAAAGGAACCUCUUCCACACCAUCGGCCACAGGUACGAAUCCUGGAGACAACAAAUCCAUGCCUGACCAGGAUUCAGCCUACGGGAAGCGAGGCCAUCCAAGAAUCUACGGAGGAGUCCCUGUGAUGGUUCCGGCCCAGAGCAGAGAAGACCUCGUAAUAUAA